GUCUCCUUUACAUCUUUGGAACUCUUCUGUUCCCCCCCCCCCUCAAAUUGUUUCACUUUGAUGUUCCUUCCCCUCUGUGAAGCUCAGCCAUCCUAUUGCGGUUUCUCAGCCAUGGUGAUGGUGCUGAAUUCCUUUGAGCUGGAUCCGGGUCGUGUAUGGAAGGCGCCUUGGAGAUGGUACCACGAAGAUAUGCUCACCUGCUGUCUCACUGAAGAGGACUCGUUUAAGGACGGCAUCACUAUUGAUCAAUUCCAGUCGAUUGCCAAGUGCAAUGGUCUCAAUGUGAGUUGGAAUUUUCGUGAUAGUGGCCAUAGUUUUUGGCCAUUCGCGAGUAUAUCGUUCCUAUCAUCUAAUUUAACUGAUUCAUAUUACCUCGCAAUUUUAACAAAUCGCUUCUCAGAGAGAGAGAGGAACAUCAAAGUUACAGAAUUGGAGAGGGGGGAACAGAAGAGUGAGUCACAGAUGCAAAAGAGACAGGCAGACACAAAGGUGGAGAGUAGGGUAAGGUGUAAACUGUGGAAGUGA